AUGCCUCCGACGCUCCGUGAGGUGCCGGACCUCCUCCAAGUCGUGGAGCCCGACGGGAAGGAGAGCGGAUUCGACCUUUUGAACCGGGAGCUCGAAGACCUGGCUCAAGAGAUGUCCGAUUUAGGGAUCGAAACGGACUCCGAUGAGCGUGAGGAAGACGACGACGACGACGACGACGCGACCGUGCUGACCGAGGACGAGUCUCAUUACAUCACCACGCACGCCAUCCGGCUCUCGGAGCUGUCUGACGGUCACGACGGCGACUCGGACCCGGGAGCCGGCUCCUCCUCCUCGUCCACGUGGGAUGUGGAGGACGGUCACCAGGUGUUCUCCUUCUUUGUGGAUUACGCCUCGUUCGAGUCCAAUGGAGUGCUGAUGAUGACGAGGGGGGGGGGCGCGGCGGGCAGCGGUCUGCGCGAAAGCGAUCCGUCAUUGCCGUUUGGCGCUCGUGGCGACGAUGGCGGACGGGUCCAAAUGUCAAUCAAAACCACCUCCCAGGCUAUAAAUGACCCCAUCCAAGAAAAUACUGUUUAUCAUGCCAAAGACGCCAGCGAUACGUGCCCCUCGGCGGCGGGGGGAGUGGACGGGAACAUCGAGGAGCUGCGUGAUAGGGCGAAGGUUGUCAUUCCCGCACCGGGCGGCAAAUUGCAAGCGCAGGAAAGCCCCGAGUAUUCCAGUUGUGCUUCCAGUGAGCUGGACGACACUGACAAGGAGGUACGCAACCUGACGGCCAGAGCCUUCAAGAGCCUUGCUUAUCCGUACUUGGAUGCCAUCAACUUCAGCACCUCCAGCGAGUCCUCUACAUCUGAACACGGGAUCAAUAGGUGGUCCACGUUUGUUGACCUCAAGUACUCCAACGUGAGCCAGAGUCUUGUUUCCCAGCCAACAGCUGAGCUGGAAAGCGAUUUUUCUCAGCAGCUGAAUGGGGAUGCAGCUCCCCACAGUGCCUCGUCUACUAAGAAAAUAGAACUUAUGGGGAAGUUUGGUCAGGGAGUGAUACGGCUCACAGAGACCCUGAAUUUUCGCUGCAACGUCAAAUCGGGAAUGUCCGCGGGAGAAAGGAGCGCUAGCGUUGCUCCAAACCCCACAGGAGCGGGAUCACAUUCCAUGGAUGAGGUUACCGUCAACAGUUUGCCGGGCAGCAGGGGGAGAGGGGCCACUGCUCAGUCGAAAAGCAUGGAGGGCGCCCACAAGAAAGCCGUCUUCGCGUCCAGCGUGAUUCAAAAUGUGCUUUCCAAAAAGAUGCAGUUUGAGCAGGAGCGCCGGAUGGAAAGGGGGGAGGUGGAGGAAACCCACCGCAAGGGUGGCUGCCGCCGGAGCAAGGCGCUGCAAAGACAGAGCUCCAAACUCUCCGAGAGCAACUCCGACAGCGCGGACGACUUGGCCGACAUUGUGGCUUGCGGCUCGAGAUGGGACUCUCGGGCGCAAGAGACGCCGGGUAAAGCAAUGGAUGCUAAAAGGGGCGCAAUGGAAGUGUCCAGAGGGCCUUUGCUUCGCAGCCAAAAUAGCGCCUUCAGAUGCUGGAGGAAUGAGGAGCUAGAGUUUCCACAGGAUCAUAAAAACCAUAAAACCCCAGAAGAGACGGCACCUCCACAGGGAAUGGGGGAUGAGUACUCGGCCAGCGGUGGCAAGCUGACUAAAAUGUCACAUUUGUUUGUGCCAAACAUCCAACGUGUGGCCAGUGGCGGGGAGGUGCACAGGGAGCUCCAGCCCGGAUCUGACCACACUUUCUACAUCGCGGACUCAAAAGGUGUCGCCGCGUCCAAAUCUCCGGAAAUCAAAAUUCAUCUCCAGAGCUGUAACGCAGCCAGUUUGACCAAAACCGAUGACUCGAAAGGCAAGGAGGCCCGGGCUGCGUCUUUGAAGGGCGAUUCCUCGGAUAAACCGCCGCAUUUUAUGGUUCGAGGCAUUCGGGAUGGUAAAGGGAAGCUGCAGACCCCCAUCCACCAAGUGAGGGAUGUGCGUAAAUUGGUGAAAAGCUCCUAUCACUUUGUUUCAUUGGAUCCCAAAUCCAAUUUUGCCACCGCCGACAGCCGCCAAGACUGUCAACAUCCUACAUCGGCCUCCCCCGUUGUGAUAAAAUGCCAGUCGGUGAAUACAAACAGCAGCAAAUGCGGUCUACCUCAGGAUGCAUCGUCUCCAGAAGGAGCUAAAGGUUCGGCGAUGCAAAGAGCGUCCCAGGGGAUCUUAGAUCAUCUUCCGGAGGAGAUGAGUUCAGGAAUCGAGAGCAAAGUGCUUUCAAAGAAAGACGUUACAGAGAAGCAACCAAUGUCGAACCAGGUGGCUUUGGAGAAGCUUCAGGCAGCGGUGAAAACGAUGGAGCAGCUUUACGUGUUUGACAAAAAUGAAUGGAAAAGGAAAAACGAGACACGGCCCCUGAUGGACAGCCAUGUGCUCUCGCUGAUUGCAAGUGAGGAGAACAGUGAGGAGGAAGCACUCAGGGCCUCCGUUGUGGAGGAACUUGCAGGAAGAGAUUCAUACCCUCGUUUGAACGAGACUCCACCAGCUGCGGCAGCUGAGAACUGGCUAAGGACUGGGGGAGACCAUGACGAGCGUCUCAAAGCCAGGUUGGCAGCAGCUCCUGUUGGUUUCAGCGUGGGUGUCGCCGCGAAGGCUCUGCAGCCAAACAACGCUGCGCCGGCAUCUUACAACAGCAAAACAUUUGCCCCCAAGUCUCCUAAAUUACCCAUGCCCUUAAAAGUCUUCCAACCAAAGACGAGCGGCGAGUCGAAAGAAAUUCUGGCCGCCGAGCAGAACUACCUCACCAUUCCGGUUAAGUCUCACGCCAACAGCGGUAAAGAGGGCUUGGCGGUGUUUUCCAGCCAGUCCCGCCCAACCAGUCUUCCCUUGCAUAUCCCUGCGCCAGGUAGUAAGGGUCAGGAAGAGCAGGCCCAGAGAAGCUCCGGAGCUGCGACCAUUUAUCACUCCGUGCCUUUGGGUAUGUCCGCAAAUCAGCCACAGGUGUACUGUUUCUCCCCUGCGAUACCCCCCGCACCUGUGCUAGACCCUUUCCAGGCCACACAGAGGAAGAUGCUCCUGGAUCCCACCAGUGGGAGCUACUACCUGGUGGACACCCCGGCUCAACCCUCCACGCGACGCCUCUUCGACCCCGAAACGGGCCACUACGUGCAGGUACCCGUGCCCCUACCUCCCGUGACCCCUGUUCCCAUGCCAAUCUCCCCGAUGGCCUUGGGUUCUGCCGCAUACGGACACACCUACAUGAUCUACCCCGGUUUUGUGACGUCGCCCCCUGUGAUUUCGACCCGGACGCUAGUUCAGCCGCAAGUGCUGGUGGAGAGCAGCGAGAAAGCGCUGCCCCACCAGUCCGAGGGCCUGUACGUGGAAACGCCCUUCUACAUGACCACCGGGAAGGCCGCGCCGGGGACCCCCAAUGUGCUCAGCAUCGCCAGACCGCAGCAGGGUUUUCCCAGUGGCGAGCGGCCGGUCUUCGGCGUCACGUCGCAGCAGGGCCCUCGGAUUAUUGCGCCACCUUCGUUUGACGGGACGACCGUGAGCUUCGUGGUUGAGCACGGGUGAAAAGUAGCAGGUUGGAAGACGAGCGUGGCCACGAUGUAGCGCUUCUGGAUUGGACUGCUUGGCUU